UGAAAUGAGGUCUCUGCUUUUAAAAGCUCACAAACUGGGAAGGAUUUAGACCAAUGGAUGUGAGGGUAGUAGGGUUGUAGUGGUUCAGAGUCCUGGCUCACGAGGAAAUACACCUGUCUUGAGUCCCAACUCUCCACUUACUAGCCAUAUGGCCUUGGGCAAGUCACUUAACCUCUCGGAUCCAUCAUCCUCAUUUGGGAAGUCAGGAUAGCCAAGUAGGGUGGCUGUUAGGAUAAGCUGAGGGCCUUGCAUGGAAGGCCCUUGGCAUUGAGUCUGGCACUCCCUCCUUAGCGCUCAAAUGGUAGUGAUUCCUACUGCUCUUCAGACUUCCCCUAGCUCCCUUUGCCAGCUCUGUCCUCUACUGCAGUCCUGUCUUAAUAAGUCCUCACUUCCAAAUUCCCUCUUCCUAGCUUCCCAGGACUCAAGAAGGCCAAUGGGUAGUUAGAAACCUGUGCCUUGAGGCUAUGAGGAACAGCCCCGCAUCCACUGGCCUGGUUCCUCUGGUGGCCUUCAAUGUGGAUGUGGCCCGGACCUGGGUGACUCCUGAGGGAGGCGUUCCCUAUGUGCUCAACGCCCUUCUGCACCAAGACUCCAGCACCAACCGGACCUGGCUCCUGGUCACCAGUCCUCAAACCAACGGGACAGCAGGCCUCCUACAUCGUUGUUCCCUCAUCCAGGAUGAGAUUCUUUGCCAACCAGUAGAGCAUGCCCCCUUCCCAAAGGGAAGGCACCCGGGAGUGACAGUUGUCCGGAACCACCACAGUGUUUUGAUCUGUAUUCAAGUGAUGUCCCGGAAGCCCCACAGUCUCAGCCCAGAACUCACAGGCACCUGCAGCCUAUUAGCCAACAACUUCCAACCCCAGGCUCAGGUCUACUUCUCUGACCUUGAAAAUCUCCUUGAUCCCAAUGUACAUGUGGAUGCCAGAGACUGCUACAGGAACAAGAAUGGCAGCCUAGAGAAGACAGCCAGGUGGCGCCGGGCUCUGAAGACACAAGAGGAGCAGGAGGACGAAGCAGCUGAUGGGGAAACUGAGGCCCGAGGAGCAGGAGCUAUGGGAGUGACUCACUCAGCAGGCACUGAGAUUGCCAUCAUCCUAGAUGGCUCAGGAAGCAUUGAUCCCCCAGACUUCCAGAAAGCCAAAGACUUCAUCUCCAACAUGAUGAAGAACUUCUAUGCCAAGUGCUUUGAGUGCAACUUUGCCCUUGUGCAAUAUGGGGAAGUGAUACAGACUGAGUUUGAUCUUCGGGACAGCCAGGAUGCAGUGGCCUCCCUCGCCAGAGUCCAGAAUAUCACUCAAGUGAAGAAUGUCACCAAGACUGCUUCUGCCAUACAGCAUGUCCUAGACAACAUCUUCACGCCAAGCCACGGCUCCAGAAAAAAUGCACCCAAGGUCAUAGUGGUAAUCACUGAUGGGGACAUAUUUGGGGAUCCACUCAACCUCACGACUGUCAUCAGUUCCCCAAAGAUGCAAGGUGUUGAGCGCUUUGCCAUCAGGGUGGGAAAUGAGAGUACUAAGACCCUCAAGGAGCUGAAGCUGAUUGCCUCAGACCCAUUUGAGAGACAUGCAUUCACAGUGACGAAUUAUUCAGCCCUGGAUGGACUGCUGAGCAAAUUGCAGCAGAAUAUCAUUCACACGGAAGGCACUAUUGGAGAGGCCCUCCACUACCAACUGGCACAGAUCGGGUUCAGUGCCCAGAUCCUGGAUGAGGGGCAGGUGCUGCUCGGUGCCGUCGGGGCCUUUAACUGGUCAGGGGGAGCACUGCUCUACAACUUGCACAGCCGCCGGGGUCGCUUCCUGAACCAGACGGCAGCAGAUACCAAGACUGCACAGUACAGCUAUCUAGGUUACUCAGUGGCCCUGCUGCACAAGGCCUGUGGCCUCUCCUAUGUGUCAGGGGCUCCACGGUACAAGCAGCGGGGGGCCGUGUUUGAGCUUCAGAAGGAGGGCAAAGAGACCGACUUCGUGCCAGUGCUGGAGGGAGAGCAGAUGGGAUCCUAUUUUGGCUCUGAGCUGUGCCCUGUGGACGUUGACAUGGAUGGGACCACGGACUUCUUGCUCGUGGCUGCUCCUUUCUACCACAUUCACGGAGAGGAAGGCAGAGUCUACGUGUACCAUCUGAACAAGCAGAAUGGUUCCUUCUCUUUGGCACACACGCUGAGUGGGUACCCUGGAUUCACUGAUGUCCGAUUUGGCUUUGCCAUGGCAACAGUGGGGGAUAUCAGUCAGGAUAAGCUCACAGAUGUGGCCAUUGGGGCCCCCCUGGAGGGUUUUGGGGCAGAUGAUGGUACCAGCUUCGGCAGCGUGUACAUCUACAAUGGACGCUGGGAUGGACUUUCUACCACCCCCUCUCAGCGGAUCAGAGCCUCAGAGGUGGCCUCAGGACUCCACUACUUUGGCAUGUCAGUGGCUGGUGGCUUAGAUUUCACUGGUGACGGCCUUGCUGACAUCACCGUGGGCACUCUGGGCCGGGCAGCUGUGCUCCGCUCAAGACCUGUGGUUUACCUGAAUGUGUCCAUGACCUUCACCCCCAUGGCACUGCCCAUUGGCUUCAACAGCAGUGUGAAUGCUUUUUUGUGUUUUGAAAUCAGCUCUGUGACUACAGCUGCCGAGACAGGCCUCAAAGACACAGUUCUGAACUUCACAUUGGACGUGGAUGUGAUGAAGCAGAGGAAAAGACUGCAGUGUUCAGACAAGAAUAUUUGUCAGAGCCACCUUAGGGAAUGGGAUGGCAGUGUGUCCCGUCUUUGUGAGCCCCUCCUGCUCAUUCCCACAGAGGGAAAGCUCUGCGAGGAGGACUGCUUCUCCAGCAUCAGUGUCAAGGUCAGCUACCAACUCCAGACCUCAAAGAGCCAGAGGGACCAUCCCCACCCUGUUUUGGACCUCUACACUGAGCCCUUCACCAUCUUCCAGCUGCCCUAUGAGAAGAACUGCACGAAUAAGCUGUUUUGUGUUGCUGACUUACAGAUGGCCAUCACCACCUCUCAGCAGGAAUUGGUGGUGGGUCUCACAAAGGAGCUGACUCUGAACAUUAACCUAACUAACUCUGGGGAAGAUUCCUACAUGACGAGCAUGGCUUUGAAUUACCCCAGAAACUUACAGUUUAAGAGGAUACAGAAGCCUCCUUCUCCAGACAUUUGGUGUGAUGACCCUAAGCCAACUGCUUCUGUGCUGGUCAUGAACUGCAAGAUUGGUCACCCUAUACUCAGGAGGUCGCCUGCAAUCUUUUCAGUAGUUUGGCAGCUAGAAGAGAAUGCCUUUCCAAACAGGACAGCCAGUAUCACUGUGACAGCCACCAAUUUCAAUGGAAAACAGUCUUUGGUCACAAAGACCCACAGCCUUCAGUUCAAGCAUGCCUUCAUUGCAGUUCUUCCCAAACCGUCAGUGAUAUACAUGAACACAAGCCAGGGGCUUUCCGUCUACAAAGAAUUCUUCUUCAAUAUACAUGGGGAAAAUCUCUUUGGAGCCGAAUUCCAGCUGCAAAUUUGUGUUCCAAUCAAAUUACAAGAUCUCCAGAUUAUAAGAGUGAAAAACGUGACAAAAAUUCAGGACCACACUCUGUGCAGCCAGACUCAGGUGGAAAGGUGCGGGAGCGAUCCUGUUCAGCAUGGGAAAAAAUGGCAUUCAGUGAACUGUGUCAUCACUUCAAAUAAGGAAAACGUAACGGUGGCUGCAGAGCUCUACUUGAGUCAAUUUCAGCAGUUACAGAGAGAUGUAAAUGAACUGCAGAUCCUUGGUGAAAUAACUUUCAACAAAUCUCUGUAUGAGGGGCUGAAUGCAGAGAACCACAGAACUAAGAUCACUAUCAUCUUCCUGAAAGAGAAGGAGUAUUUGCGCCUCAUCUUUAUAAGCAGUGCUGGUGGCCUUCUGGUUUUGAUUGUGAUUAUAAUCACCCUUUUCAAGUUUGGCUUUUUUAAAAGAAAAUACCAGCAUCUGAACUUGGACAGCACACGGAAGGCCUCGCUGAAAUCAGAGAAUCUGCUCACAGAAGAAAAUUAGGACCAGCUUCCUCAUCCAUUGGGAGAGAACAUCAGCUAGUCCUUCAAGUUCUAGAGACUUGGUGUCGUUACUUUUUUUUUUUUUUUUUAAGAUGAUCUAGAGCAGAAUCUAACAAAUUGUUAAUGGAACAUUGUUUUUUAACCAUACACUGUCCCCAGAGUGUCUGUGUAUUGUGCAGAAAAUAAACUUGGGAAACAUUUGAAAUUAAAUAAAAUUAAAUUUUCCUUUAAA